CUCGGUUAUAACUUUCAAAUGGUUUAUCAAACGGCUUCAGUUCAGAACCAUUCAAAAACAAUACAAAUAUUGUAGGAAAUUUACGGAGAAAAAUUUAAUAGGAAAAUUAUUUGGUGAUUCAUUGAUAUUCAAUACAAUGAGUACCAACAAAGUCGGAGCUGGAGAUGGAUUACCCAAACUUUAUCCUGUUCCAAAUUUCCGCCGCUAUGCGGUGUAUGUAAUCAAUAACGAUCCCGGAAACCGAACUGAUUUAAAACAAAUGAUCAUUGAAACUCUCUUUGAUGAGUUGGAGAAUCAAUCUUUUCAAAAUAUUCGCUUUAACGGAGCGUUUCCUGCGGACGAUGAAAAUAUCCUCGUAGCAUGUGAGAACGAAGAUACUGCCAAAUUCUUCAUUAGCGCCAUGGAGAAACUCGGACCUUCCUAUUCAACUGCUCGUUACAUCGAGUUCUUAGGACUCGUCCCUUGUUCAAUGGUUUUGGCAGUUCCAACGCACUCAAGGUCUGAAAUAUUGGACAUUCUCGAGACCUACAACAAGGGAUUGGUUACCGAAAAGUGGGCCAUCAUGGAACGUUACUUCGAAGGGUCGGAGAAAGAUGAUAGAAAGGAAAUAGUGAAAAUGUGUAUAGAUGCUGAAAGCAAACAAUUUAUUGAACUUUGCGGUUCAGAACUUAAUUGUGAACUAUCUACUGUUCAAUUUAAAUUUGAUGACUAAAUUUCAAAUUUUAUCUACAA